UUCGCCCUUCACAUUCACCGUCGUCUCGACUUGAGCUGAAAGUGUCAUAUGGAUAGACUUGUAGCAUCAUAGCAUACACGCUUUGCAACGCUUCAGAAGCCCGCGCUAUCACCAUCAACGCUGUUCACAUCUUGCCGUCGAGAUGGCGGCAGCCGCAGUAGCAUCCCACGCUUCGUCGUCCUCCUCCCCUCUGCCCGAGAUCGGUGGUCUGGUGCUCGACGAUGCGGCCUCAAAGCCAGCACCAGCACCAGCAGCAGCAGCAUCACCUCCUUGGCUCGUCGACUCUCCUCACUGGCUCGUCGCAUCGCAGCAAGAGGUGCAUCUGGGCGGCGGAUGGGAUGAAGAGCCCAUGGCAGGUCCCGCAACACCGCCCUCCUUUUCUCCUCAGCUGGGCACCAGCAAGACGCUCGAAUCCUCAUCGGCGUCCCUCAGCGGUAGCAGCGAAGAAAGCGGAAGGAGCACUCCCUCUGAUAGAGAGCAUGCUGCUACCUCUGCUGCUGCUGCUGCUGCUGCUGCGAAGAGGUCCAAGCAGGCCCUGGAUUCUGGUUUGCUGGUCAGAUCUACAAGGCAAGGUUGGGAAAGAUCCUUCGAUCUGAAUCAAGGUUGGCCCACGCCCAAACUCGACGCGGAGGAUGAAGUGCUGGUGAAGAACCUCGUUGCGGGUCUAAACCCCGUCGAUUUCAAGAGCGUGCUGUACAACUUUGGCAUUCCGGACACGCCUUGGGUGUUGGGGAGAGAUGUUGCUGGUGUGGUGGAAACAGUUGGCAGCAGGGUCACGGACCUCAAGCCCGGUCAACGCGUCUGGACUUGCGCCGAUUCUAGAGAUGUACGGGCAGGGGCUUAUCAGACUCGCAGCGUAUGCAAGAGGGACCUGUUGUGCAGCGUUCCCGACAACGUGUCCGACGAGCAGGCUGCCACGCUAGGAACUGGUCUGAUUACCGCUGCAGUCUGCGUGUAUUGGUUCUUGAGGCUGCCUAGAGCGCUCAGCCUUGGUGAUGGCAAGCGGAUGGCUCGCAACGAUGCAGGCGAUCUUGAGCGAGAGGAAAAGGGAAGGAAGGAGCUGGCAACAGCAGAGAAGCCUUGGAUCUUGAUAUAUGGCGGCUCAGCCAUUACUGGACAGUACAUUGCCCAGUUGAGCAGGCUGGCUGGUGUACGCGUCCUGGUCAUCGCAGCCCCUUCCAACUUCCAGCACCUGCGAUCCUCCCACGUGGGCGUGGAAGCAGUGAUAGACCGGCACUUGUCCUCUGAUGCCAUCCUCGAUCAAAUACAAGAGAUCACAAAGGGUUCGCUAGAGUACGCCAUCGACUGCGUAGGCUCCAAGACGGCGGCUGUGUGCGAAGCAGCUUUGCGCAGAGCCAACAGUCGAGAUGGUCGAGCUGGACAAUUGAUCUGUCUAGCUGGAAAUCCCAAAGCUCCAACGACGAGCGGUGGUGGGGAGGUGCAAGGGGCAAAAGAGGGCUUCUUGCAGCAGCCAGUACUUCACAAAUUGAGCUUCUCGACUACAAUCUACGGGGACUCUACUUUUGCUCGAGCGCUCAACGAGGACCUGCAAGCGCUCUUGGCCUCUGGAGAAUUGCAAGCCGUACGGUACGAGCUUGUGCCGGAUGGACUGGCCGGCGUGAGACGAGGACUGGAAGCUUUGAGGGAUGGUACGGCUCCAUCGGGUCACAAGCUGAUUGUACGCAUCACUGAUACGCCUCAUGCCGAUAGCGUUCACCUCGGAGUCAAGAACGAGCUUUGCUGGAACGGCAUCGCUUGAUGCGCACGCAAACCCAAGGUGGGCAGAAUUUGCCCUCAUUUACAUUUGACAUCUAUAGAUUUGCUUUGCGAGUCCGCGUCAAAGAGUGUUCAAAGCUGAGAAAAC